GUCUGCCGCAUCCCCAUUGUGAAAAAUAUGUACCUCCAUAAUCUUCAAUUUCCUUAUUUACACCCCCCCCAAUUCCUCGGUAUAUAAAAAUUCUUCCCUCCCAUUCCCUUCCUCUCCUAAAUUUUCUCCCACCUGCCAUUUUCCCGCACUUUUUCUCCCCCCACCCCACACAAUUUUCUCGGUAACCAAACAGCUCUUCUCUGACUCUAAACUCUUUGUUUCUACUGAGCCAUCAGCCAUGGCUGUCACUUCCAGCGGCAGACCCUCCCACCUCCAAAUCCCCAGUAAAUGGCGGGACUCGGAAACCAGCCCCGACCGGAUUAGUCCUGCCCAGACGGGUCCCAAUCUCCCUUUCACUCCCAGAAAAGUCCCUGUCGUUUACUACCUCUCCAUGAACGGCCAGCUCGAGCACCCUCACUUCAUGGAAGUCCCUCUCUCCUCUCCCCGUGGCCUCUUUCUCAGAGAUGUUAUCAACCGGUUAAACUUGCUACGUGGCAAAGGCAUGGCUUUGAUGUACUCCUGGUCUUCUAAACGGAGCUACAGAACCGGCUUCGUUUGGCACGAUUUGACGGAGAACGACUUGAUAUACCCGUCGCACGGCCACGAGUACGUGCUCAAGGGGUCGGAGCUUCUUGACCCGCCGCUGAACCACCUGGCUCUCGAGACAGCGUCGUCGAGGUCCCUGAGACCGCCGCCGGAGGCGCUGAAGUCCGGCGACGAUUUCGACUCUCCUGUGAUUUCGCGCCGGCGAAACCAAUCGUGGAGCUCGAUCGACUUGAACGAGUACAAAGUGUACAAGACCGAGUCGGUCGGCGAGUCCACCGGUAAAGCCGCCGCCGACGCGUCGACUCAGACCGACGACAAACGGCACCAACGACGCUUUCGAGAGGAGCACGACGAAAAAGGCCAAGGUCAAAGCCAACGGGAGGUGAUUCAGAUUCAGAGCCACGGUACGGAGCUGGGCCGGGAUGAGAUUUCGCCUCCGCCGUCGGAUUCGAGCCCCGAAACUCUCGAGUCACUAAUGAAAGCGGACGGACGGCUGGUGCUCUGCGCGAACGGGGUGAGCAAGGAGCCUGUGAACCGGACGGCUGAGGUCUGUCCAGCUGGCAAGUUAAAAGCGUCGACGGUCCUGAUGCAGUUGAUCUCGUGCGGCUCGACCUCGUUCAGAGACUGCGGGUCCACGGCGGUGAGGGAGCAGGGGCUCUCGCUGGUUGGGCAUUACAAGCCUAGGCUGAGUCGUGGCGUUGCCGAAAAUCAUGCUGGGACCGAGACGGUAAUUUCGAAACUAGCGGGGGUAAAGAUGGAAGAUAAGGAGUAUUUUAGCGGGAGCUUAAUUGAGACCAACAAAGAGGCGGCUCCGUCUUUGAAGAGGUCGUCUUCUUACAAUGCAGAUCGGAGUGCGCAGUUGCAGUUGGAGGAAACAGAGAAAGAUGGAGUGAGAGGAAAAUGCAUUCCCAGGAGACCCAAAGGGAUACUCACCAAGAAAGAGAUCGACCACCUCGCCUCUAGUAGUGAUGGUGGUAGUAGUACUAGUAGAAAUAGCCAUGUAGGAGGGAGCAAACGACUCGAAGUUCGUCAAUAAGCUACUAAAUUGUGCUACAGUCAGCCACCCAUACAUAUCAGGCUCACAUUUCAUUAACAAUCAGAAAUCAGUUACGCAGACAUGAACAACUGAACUUUACAACCGGGCGUUGUAAAGUACAUUGGACAACAUUGAGACCCUAAAAUUCGAAAAAUAGCGGAAGGAAUGAUAAUGAGAAGCAUAGGCAAAAUACGCGGCGGGCGGCGUUUUAGGUAGCACAUUGCAUUUCACGGCACAAUGGGCGCAAGCUUCGACGAGGAAACAAAGCAUGGGGCGUGGGAAUCUUACAAAAGCAAGAAGAGUUGGAGCUGCGUCUUGGUGUUUGUAGGGGAAUGAGUUUUGUUCCUAAAUUUCGGUCAAUGUUUGCUAAAGUCUAUGCCUUUAUUUUGAGUUUUUGACGUUGGGACAUGGGAAAUAGAAAGAAUUAUGUCCUAGGUAUUCAAAACGCAUCGUUUUUUAGCACCCACGUGAGCUCUGUAUUGGAGAUUGGAGAGGUAAAUGGUUUAUGGUUCCUCCUCCAAGAAAGUUAGAGAUGGGGGGCAUUUGCUUGUGGUACUUUAUUUAGCAGACAAAUGAGGGUUUGGGUGGAGGGAAUGAUGCAGAAAAAUAGAGGUGCUUCUAUAUAUGGCAUUAUUAGAGUUAACAUCACAAUUUCCAAUUGAUGGAUAUCAGCGGUUGUGUACAAUUAUGUGUUUACUACGUGAAAAGAGAAACAUACAUGUUUGCGUAUAAUCAAAUCAAUGAUAUGACCA